AAAGCUUUGCCCAGUAAUUGAACGCACCCAAUACCGAUUAGAACAGUUUUUGACUCGACCACCAGGGGAGCUGACCAUCAAGAACGACAUUUGACGUUUGCCGUACCCACAGUUUUGUGCUCACAUUUUUGCCACUGAAAAAAAGAUGCUUACGAAAACUGUUUUGUCUGGACUUCGUGUCGCAUCGGCGGAAUGUCGUCGAAACUUCGGUAUCAUGGUUCCCGCUAUGCAAAAAGUUUCGGAUCCAAUCCAACAAUUGUUCUUGGACAAAGUCCGUGAAUAUAAAUCAAAGUCAAAGAACGACUCAUUUGUUGACGCAACACCAGAAAUCCAAGCCGAACUUAAAUCAGAAUUGGACCGUGUUGCCAAGCAAUUCGGUGGCGGCAAAGGUGUUGAUAUGACCAAAUUCCCAGAUUUCAAAUUCCAAGAACCAAAAUUAGACCCAAUUAGCAUUGAGAAAGCCGCUUAAAUCAAGUAGAAAAUGGAAUUUACUUUCAAUCAUACCUCCAAACAACAAUGAAAUCCCAUUUCUGUGAAAUUGUGUUAUGGCACAUUUAAAAUGAGAUGAAUAAACAAGUCAAGCUUAUAGAUAAAAACACAAA